AACGUGUACAUUCUGUGCAUCUACCUGUGUUCAUUCUUUGAAAGCUUGGCGCAGGACAGACACCACCCGCAAGAGAAUGCAGCGAGUUGUUUACUAAUCGAGUCAGAAGCUCUCGUCGAUUUUAGAUGGAGCAUCUAACCAAACACAGGGGUCGGAAAGGCGGCUAGGGGCCACCUGAUUCGCAAGGGUUCCAUGUGUUCUCGGAUACGCUGGUGAGGCGGUCAGGAUCCCAACGCAAUGCACACGUCCUCCGCAGCCCAUGCCUGUUUCUGCCAACGAUUUCUUGCUCUAUACUGCGAUCUUCCUGCCCUGCAACUGUUUCAUGAAUUCCCAGGAUGAGCGAGCAGCCUGCACCUAUUAUGGAUCUCUUUCGGAAUUCCCUCGGCGCGCUCUUGCUGGGCGUAUUUACGCAGGCAAUUGUGUAUGGCGUCGCAUCCUCGGUGACGUGGACGUACUUUCAACGUUAUGCCAUCGAUCGAGGUUGGUUCAAGGCGAUGAUCGUGACCAUUUCCAUAUCGUUUGUCACCACACUUGUCCGCUGUAUGUUUCUGAACCGAUUACGUCUCCUGUAUCAGGCAAAAGGAGAGCUCAACGUUUGGCGAGCGUUUUGUCUAUGCUUGAUAGUACGUCUUGAAGUGAGCAUACCGAGCAUACUUGAUAGUCACGAUCCUCUUCUACAGGCUCUAUUAUCUCUAGUGGAUCUUGCCGUAGCAACGACCAUCACAGUCAAAUUGUUUCUUAAACAACCCAUCGAAACGUUGAACGUACUCCAGAGUCUGUUCGUGACGAUUUUUGCCGUAGGAAUAUCUGCCGACGUAAUCCUCGCGAGUAUGAUGUGCAUUUGUCUGCAUAGGUCGCGAACUGGGCUGCAGCGGACGGACUCAAUGAUCAAUCUGCUUAUUAUUUACACUAUCAACACUGGUCUAUCUCCAACUCUGUGUGCUAUCGCAACAUUGAUAAGCUUCUCCUUGAAGCCAGAUGUGCUCAUAUACAUCCCUUUCUACAUCCAAAUACCCUCACUGUACCUGAUCGCUCUAGUUGCGAACCUCAAUCAUCGCGAGGUCUUCCGCCGGCAAAUUCAAAGACCUCUCACGCUCGAUCUCUCCGCGUUCGACAUGAUACCACCUACAGAAGGCUCGCAAUCUAUGCAGCAGACGCUUUAUCCGACUCCUUCGUUCGUGCACUCUACCCAGACUUCAGGAACCGUCACGAUACCCUCUACCCCACAUAUGGCGGCUGAUGACAAAAGCUCAUCUCACACUCAGCGCUUUUUCGCAGACGAUGCAUCAUCGUGUCUCGAGCGCGGACCUGAGAGAGCCUUACACACGCUCGGGGUUGUCUGAAGUCGCUUUGGAUUCCCUUGCCGAUCUCGGUCUAGCGGUCUCCUAGAUGAUUCGGAUGGCCUUGAGAAUUGCUCGAGUCGCGGCUCGAGACUACGAUACCAAUAUUAUACUAUGUACUACGCUUAAUGAAGUCACUACAAUCACCAUUUUCAUAGUCCGACUGAAAGCGACUGUACUCAAUGUUUACUUGAUGCGAUUCUGAUC